AUGGAUCACGGCUAUUCCAUCCCAAAACAUCCCAGUGGCAUACCGCGGCCCAUGUCCAGGCUCCCACUACCCAUCUAUUCUGCUUCUUCCAAAUCGAUCAGACCCUCCCCAUCUCGCGAGCGACUACAGGCUGAUUCAGGGUUAAACUUGGAGAGAUUGCGGAGGCCGUCACAGGAACUAUUUAAGAAGCCCCAGCUUCCGUCUCCCGCGAAAUCUCGAGAGAGUUCAUAUGGCCAAAAUGAUAGUUUGGAUAAAUGGAUUACGAACUCAGGUGGUUCUGUGGCGGAAGAUGAGGAUGAGGGAGAUGGAGACCACCGUGAGAAUAGGUCUUCCAGACCCUCACUAUCAGAUCGAACUAUCGAAACUAUAGCUCAGAUCCCGUCUUCCCCGUCUCCUAGCAAGAGGAAGUCGACUUUUUUUUCUCCUGAGAGCCCCAUGGCAUCACCUUCUCGCCCACCUUCUUCGUUGAACAACCACCAUCCAUGCCCAUCCUCCCUCCAGCAUGGCACCAAUGGAUCAGCUCCGCAGUUCUCCUCCAUCACACGAACUGUGUCCACACCCCGAACACCGUCUAGUGCGCCUAAUAUGGCCCAGCCAACCUUCCUCAAAAGAUCGGUUUCUAUGUAUCGAGAUUCUCACUCGCGGUCUUCGAUAAACGGCGCUGGUGCCACACAGUUGCCGACUCACAAUAACGUCUCUGCCGUUCCACCAAUAUCAAAGAAAGAAUCGAAAACACCAGCAACUGGCCCACGAACAUCGCUUUAUGGGGGUAGCAAAAGCGUGUCAAUCAGACCACCAAAAGGGCGUCCAUCACUGGCUAGUAACAGUUUCCCGAACCAAGUAAAUAACGAAAGUAAUGGCAGUAACGUCAAGAAGGCUGCAGCUAAGACACCCGUAACGAAAUCCCGAAAAUCUUCCUCGACGCUUUCUUCCAAUCUCACCUCUCCCACAUCUACAACCUCAAGAAAAUCACGACGGACUUCAGUGACAUCCAACUGUAAUCCCUCGGAUUUAGCACCUCAAGAACUAGAUACAAAGAAAGCUGCAAAGUCAUCAAGUGCUCUUCGAGAAAGUAUUGCCAAAGCAAAAGCUGCGAAAAAAGCCGCAAUGGAGAAUAACGCUAAAAAUGGUCUGGGCGAAGCUCUGGGUCCUGUUGACCCUAUCGAUCCCUUUGGGCAACUGUCCAAAUCCGAGCCCGAUAAGCGCGUAUUGAAGAAUAGGGCUGCUGCGGCAAGAACAUCAGGGCACCUAAAUAUCGCCGCCAUGGGAUUAAAGGAGAUCCCGGAGGAGGUGUUGAAUAUGUAUGAUUUUGAUCCAGAAAGUGAAGGCGAUUGGUAUGAGAGCGUUGAUCUUAUAAAAUUUAUCGCGGCGGAUAAUGAAUUUGAAUCGUUAUCAGAUGCUGUAUUUCCUGAUGUUGAUUUUAAUAUCAUGGACAUGGAUGAAAACGCCAAGGGGUAUCAAUUUGGGGGGCUGGAAGUUCUAGAUCUUCAUGGCAACAUGUUAACUACUCUUCCCAAGGGUCUACGAAGGCUCCAACGGCUGCGCUCGUUGAAUCUUUCCCACAACCAGUUGGAUGUGGAAGCUUUCGAAAUCAUUACCGAAAUUUCGGCACUAACUGACUUAAAACUAGCAAAUAAUAAACUUGGGGGCAGCCUGACUCCCACUAUUGGCGCACUCUCUAAACUAGAAGUGCUGGAUCUCCGUGAAAACGGCCUCACUGAACUUCCAGAUGCCCUAUCUGACCUCACCACAUUGCGCAUUCUUAAUGUUGCCGAAAACCAGUUGACUUCGAUCCCAUUUGAGGCUCUAAAGGCCCUUCCACUCGUCGAGAUUAAUGCGCAGAAGAAUCGUCUUCAGGGACAUCUUGUUCCAGCCUCAGUUACACGCUUGGAAACGCUGCAAAUUUUGAAUGUGACUAGCAACUUCUUGGAAAGCCUUUCUCUCGGCGAAACCCUGGAGUUACCAAACCUCCAGCAGCUAUCUAUAGAUGCAAAUCGUAUCAAGGCUUUGCCAAACAUCUCAACAUGGAAGUCACUCCUAACAUUAACUGCAGAGGAUAACGCUAUCGGUUCAAUUCCGGAGGGCUUCUUACAACUCGAAAACAUAAAAGUUGUCGAGUUCACUGGUAACAACAUAACAACGUUGGACGAGAAGCUCUCUCUAUUAGAGAAUCUUAUCUCCUUCCGUAUAGCAAACAACCCGCUCCGAGAGCGCAAAUUCCUCACCAUGGACACCGACGAAUUGAAAAGAGUCCUACGCGGCCGAUGCGAACCCGACCAGCCAGAAGCAGAGGAAGAAGACGGGUCAGUCCAAACUGAAUUCACCCUCGCUCCAGAGAGCCCAACAACCGCCAACGCCUGGCGCAUAAAAUCCGGCGGCGUUCUCGACUGCUCUUCCACCGAUUUGGCCAGCCUUGACCCAGCGGACCUGGAACCCUUCCUCGCUUCCUCCGCAGCGAUAAAAUGCCUCUACCUGCACCACAACCGCUUUCACAGUCUUCCUGUAGUCAGCCUCUCCCUCCUCUCCCACACUCUCACUGACCUCGACUUCUCACACAACCCCUUUUCCUCCACCCCCACAACACCCCUACUAACAACGCCGCUGUCUCUCCCACAUCUCCAAAACCUCACGUUAAGCUCCACAGGCCUAACAACUCUCGAGAACCUCCAACGCCACCUCUCUGCUCCCAACCUCACCUUCCUCGACGUCUCCAACAACCGCCUCAUGGGAACCCUACCGCACAUCCGACACAGUUACCCAUCCCUAAUCACCUUCCUCGUGUCCGAUAACCAAAUCGACAGCUUGGAGUUCGACGCCGUGUGCGGCUUACAGGUGCUGGACGUCAGUAAUAAUAGCAUCUCGUUUUUGCCGCCUAGAUUGGGACUGUUAGGGAGUGAGGGGACCGCAGGAGCGGGGAAUAGUAAGGGUUCUGGCGUUUCUGCUGCCGGGGCCACGACAUGUUUGCGCCGAUUGGAUGUGGCAGGGAAUUGCUUCCGUGUCCCUCGCUGGCAGGUUGUGUCGAAGGGGACAGAGGCGGUGUUGGAGUGGUUGAAGAAUCGGAUUACUGCUGAGGAGCUAAGGGAGUGGGGAGUUGUGGAGGAGGAGGGUGUGGAUUGAACAUGGUUUCAUUUAUUCAGAGAAAGAGAAGAAAGCAGGGGGAGGGGUGUUUCUCUGGAGACCUUAUGGCUAAUACCACCGCCAUUUAUUAAGUUGGUCAUGUAAUUUUUUGGGAUCUUUCUUUUAACUUAUUUGUUUAUUUUAACAGCUUAUCUGUGUGUAUUUCUGUCGGCAUAGCUCGCUUUCUCUCGUUUUGACUACUUUCUAUACCGAGAUCCCUUGUUACCCCA